AUCCCUGGACGGAGCCGACCCGAUUCCAUGGACGGCAACGCGCCGUCUGCACGCAAAGGUCGUCCGGCCGCCUCCACCCAUCCCCUGCUUCUCUCUCCGCCACGCCACCAUCGAGAUCCUCAAGCAGCUGCUCCUCUCCGAUCCUCCUACCUCGAUUCCCUCUCGAUUUGGUGCCAGCCAAUGGUUUAGAGGGGUUAUGCCACAGCAAUUGAUCUGAAUUUGAAGAUAAGCAGGACAGUAUGGGUUCCUAUCUAAGUGUUGCAAGCAGUACUGCUCGAUCCGUGGAUUCGGACAAUCCAAGUGGAUCAGUUUCCAAUAAGAGGGCUAAGAUAACCACGUAUGACUGUGGGUCAUAUUCGAGGAUAAUUCCAGCUCUUCCUGAUGAGCUUUCGUUUCAAAUUUUAGCGAGGUUACCGCGAAUUCAUCAUCUGAAGAUGAAGAUCGUUAGCCGAAACUGGAAGGCGGCAAUCACCAGCUCUGAACUUGCCCAGGUGAGAAGAGAGCUUGGGUUAACUGAAGAAUGGCUGUACAUGCUGACCAAACUUGAGGCAAACAAGCUUGACUGCUAUGCCCUCGAUCCAUCUUGCCAGAAGUGGCAAAGGUUGCCAUCCAUGCCUUCGUUCGUCAAUGAGGAGGAAUCUGGUGGCAGGACACGCUCUUCUGGGUUCCGGAUGUGGAAUGUUGUGGGCUCAAGUAGUAGGAUUGCUGACUUCUUUAAGAGAUGGUUUUGGCGCCGAUAUGGUUUGGACCAAAUGCCAUUUUGUGGGUGCUCUGUUGGAGUUGCUGAUGGUUGCUUGUAUGUCUUGGGGGGAUUUUCCAAAGCUGUUGCCUUGAAUUGCGUAUGGAGAUAUGAUCCUUUUCUCAAUUUGUGGCAGGAAGUUAACCCGAUGAUGUCUGGUAGGGCUUUCUCCAAGGCAUCAUUGCUGGGGAGUAAGUUAUAUGUGGUUGGUGGAGUUAGUAGAGGUCGGAAUGGCUUGCUUCCUCUACGAUCGGGUGAAGUGCUUGAUCCUAAAACUGGCCUAUGGAGUGAGUUGCCGGAAAUGCCUUUUGUGAAAGCACAGGUAUUGCCCACGGCUUUCUUGGCUGAUGUGCUGAAGCCUAUUGCCACUGGAAUGGCUUCCUAUAAAGGGAAGCUAUAUGUUCCGCAGAGCCUGUACUCAUGGCCAUUCUUUUUCGAUAUUGGAGGUGAAAUAUAUGACUCGGAACUAAACUCUUGGACAACGAUGCCAGAUGGUCUUGGUGACGGAUGGCCGGCAAGACAAGCAGGCACAAAAUUAGGUGUUGUGGUCAAUGAUGAGCUUUAUACAUUGGAGCCUUCCAGCUCCUUGGACAGUGGCCAGAUAAAGAAGUAUGAUUCUGAAGAAGAUGUCUGGAGAACCAUUGUACCACAGGUUCCAGUUCAUGAUUUCACCGACGCAGAGUCUCCUUAUUUACUGGCUGGCCUUCAAGGAAAGCUCCAUGUUAUUACAAAAGACGCAAACAAUAAUCUCCAGAUUAUGCAAGUUGCACUGCAGAAUAACACGGAAAACAAUGCAUCAGAAGAAAAUGCCUUAUGGAACACGGUGGCUUCGAGGAAUUUUGGGGCUGCCGAACUCAUUAGCUGCCAGGUUCUCGAUGUGUAAAAUGGGAGCUGCUGCUGAUACUUAAGAGACUUUUUUGUAAGAAAUACUUAGUCAUAUCUACCCAAUGUUGCACUGUACAAGCUGUCAUAGCAACUUAUGGGUCUACAAUUUGACAAGGAGGAAGAUAUAUAAUUUUCACGUUUAUAAUUUCUUGUAAGUCGAUUCAGGCGCUGAAACAGUGCCAUAUAUUUUCAACAUGAUUACUGUAUAGUGAGUGUACUUGCACAGUUGAAGGAUUCAACUUGAAAA